AUGGCUGAUAAAACCUCUCCCGGAUCCUCCGACGAGGACACCCUCCCGAUGAGGUUCGAUGAGCGUGUGAUGGUCAUGGAUAAAUCUCUUUCACAGGCCGAAAUGCUAGGUAUCAUUCAGGAACAGUCCUUAGAACUAGGGAGGCUGAAGGCUGAAGGUAACGCUCCCAGUGACCAGGUUGCCGAACUCAACGCCCUCGUGUUGAACUCCCCAGUUCACUUGGCGGCAGACCAAGUGAUCAAAGUCUCCGAGCAGCAAAUACUAGAUACAGCAAGAAUGUUACAGGCAGACGCGACUGCUUCAAAAAUGGUUAUCUUCUGGGGACAUUUCCCGAACUCUCUAACCCCUCAAGAAAUGACGAAGUUAAUCUUUAAACAUUUGAAUACGACAGUUCUCAAGCCCGGAAAAUGCUCGUGGCUUAUUCCAAAAAAAGAUAAACUCCCCAUCGCCUCGUAG